AUGGCGUUGCAGGAGACCGUCCCGACCCAGCCCUGCGGUCCUGGCGUCCAGGACGACCAGCCAGGGCAGGGGGCCCACAAGCUGUCUGCCUCCCGGGACCCGAGCGUCACCCGAGCGUCAGGCCGCUACAGCCCGCGGGCACCAGGGAGCUGCCGGGCGGCGGGGAGGCAUGUCUCCCACCACCACAGCGCUGUCUCUCAUUGCAGGUGUGACAGCACGGAGAAGCUGAGAGCCCUUCUGCCGAGACUGGAGCAGGAGCUGAAGGACACGGUGAAGUUUAAGGAUUUUUAUCAGUUUACCUUUACCUUCGCUAAGAACCCCGGGCAGAAGGGUUUAGAUUUAGAAAUGGCUGUUGCAUACUGGAAUUUAGUAUUAUCUGGAAGGUUUAAAUUUUUAGAUCUUUGGAAUACCUUCUUACUGGAGCAUCACAAAAGAUCAAUCCCAAGGGACACUUGGAACCUUCUGCUAGAUUUUGGAAAUAUGAUUGCAGAUGAUAUGUCUAACUAUGACGAAGAAGGAGCAUGGCCUGUUCUCAUAGAUGAUUUCGUGGAGUACGCGCGGCCGGUCGUCACGGGCACUAAGCGCAGCCCUUUCUAGGCAGAAAAGUAAGAUGCCGAGAGGAAGGGCCUCCUGCAAGGGGAUGCUCGGUCGGUCACUGUGCCCCUGUCGCUGGCCCUGGCAGUCGCCCUCGGCCAGCCGGGUGCUGGAAUGACCUCCCCCUGCUACAGAAAGGGCUGAGUUGGACGCCGGAAGGAGCUCCUCAGAAGACACUGCUUCGGGAUGCCUGGGGGUGGCUAUUACUUUAGAUUUCUGCUUGAUUUUUAUUAUACUUGUGACAAAGUAACGCAGAGCAUGCCGUUUAAUUCAUGAUGUACGGUGAUUGCCAGCAGUGACCACAGCUCCUGCCGGGGCGCCUUGUAAUUCCGCUUAAAAAACAGUAUUUGUGUCCUCGGCAGGACGCUGUGUUUGUCUGCAAGUCAAAGCUGGUAUCCUUGUGCCCUACAGAACAUCUGACGUGGAUUCGAACAUUUGAUAAACUUGUGCCAGGAAUUCGAGGUUUCUAUUUUCUGAAUUAUCAAAUACCUAGAUUUAUUAGAUCUAUUUUUAUUUUAAUUCCCUGUUGAUGUUCACGUGAAAGUCAUUCCGUGGUUCUCGGUGGAGGCGGUUUGCGAGGUGAUGGCACGUGUGGGCUGUGACCCUGGGGGCAUUAUUGGAAACUGGUGACAAGUCGCGGGUCUUUUCCUUCCAAUGUCAUUUGAAUGAGCUUCCUAAAAAAUUUUGUAAAGUAUGUUUUUUUAAAAAAUGUAUUUUAUUACAUUUAAAAGGACAUUUUUCCAUGCAAAGUAUUUCUUUUACAAGCAAAGGGUUACAGAUUUAAAAGCCAUGUGAGUUGGUUCCUUCCAGCGUCUGAGAGGCCCGUCGCCCGCCCUCCGGCUGUGUGCAUGGUUGCAUACAUCUCGUUGCCUGAGACACCCACGGGAAAACCUCCACCUCAUUUCCACCUGAAGCCCAUGCUCGUCAUGUUGCUGUCGGAUUCUUCCAGUGUUUGCUAGCCGCAGAGGACCAUCCAGCGAGGCCCAGAACCUGCCCUCCGAGCAUGGGAGGCAAGUGUUCUUCACCUGCGAUGCCACCUGCUUUCCGUCUGGAAAAAGCUGCGUGUUCUAAAAAGCACCGUGUGGACCCUACCUCAUGCGUGCAAAGAUCUUCAUGUCACAGGUGUGCCUGCUGCCAGCCCGCAGCCCUGUGUACGAGACAGACGAGUUGGGGUCACUUCACGGGAGAGAGGAAGCUCACUUUGGAUUUUCUGUACAUGGACAGUGUGCCUGAAAUGUGUGCUUGAGUCGACUUUCACAAACGUGGUUCUGAGUUUCCGGAAUCAUCCGUGCCCAAUGGGGGGGUUUUUGCAUACUUGCUGUGUGUGAACUAUGUAUGCUUUUGGAAAGGAGUCUUUCAAAGAGACAGCAGGCUGUGGAGGGCAGGAAAGGGGGCCUGAGGCUGGGACACCACCGUCGGGGCUGGGGCGGCCCCAGCCCGCUCUCCUGGGCCUGCGCUUCCACGGCAGCAAAGGGGCAAACAAGGCUGUCUCCGCCUGCGAGCCUGGGGUUCUAAGAGAGCGCUUACUUUGUAGAAUAAAAACCUCCACAAUUUUAACACAUCCUUCGAGGCCUCGUGGCUUCCUGCCAUGGAAGUGUUCUGCUCAGACAAGGCUGCGGAGCUUGGGUAAUCUCCCACAAAUCCUGGAGGUCUGUAGCACCUGGUCGUUCUUAAGAUUCAGAGUUACAGCAUGGGAGGCUCCGUGCAGCUGUUUAUCAAUAGAUAACAGAACCUUAGUGGUUGGACAAAGGCUCUUCAAAAAACCGUGGGUUUCUUUUUCUUCUCUUCUGUAUAUUUAAGGCAUGCAUGCUAUGAAAGUGCUAAGAGCUUCGGAAACAUUAAAAUAAAUUAUUUUCUGUGGUG